CGGUUGGGAAAGCAGCAAAUAGGCCUGGGCUAGCUUAUUGCCAGUUGACCCACCAUGACGUAUUGUGGUACCGUGUGGCUGACGUUUGUGGUCUCCCUGUCCACUGUCCUCGGCCUUCAACAGCUGACCCAAGAUUCCCGGCGAGAACUUAAGGAGUUUGUACAAGCCGUCAUGAAAUGUAAUGACAUUCCGGGUGUGCAAGUCGCCAUGACAACAAGAAACCAAACAGUUUUGGCAGAGGGAUAUGGCGCGAAAAAGCUGGCAACUGGUGAACCGAUGACGUCAUCAACUCUACAGUGCAUCGGAUCCAACACCAAAAGCUUUACCGCCAUGUUAGCAGUGAUGGCCGUCCAGGAGGGCAAGAUGGACUGGGACAAGCCCAUCACUGCUGUUGGAUCAGCCUGCCCUGCCGGAUGCAUAUUUAGCACUCCAGAGGACAUGGCCAAAUGGGGUCGAUUUAUUAUAAAUGGGGGUGUGCUGGCCGUGGGCAGCCAGUACCCCUCACCAAGGAACUUGUCACAUCCUACGCCCUCGACCUGCUAACUGACAAUACUCCUUGGCUUAAUGCCUCGACAGUCUGCACAUUCCCGGCUCCUUGGCUCCCUCCAUCUGGACGCAGCUCUCCACAAACAACGACCCCAGUCCCUCCGACACCCCCUAUAAUUGGGAGAAGUGUAGAUGGAGGAAUCUUGACCGACGCUCACAAGCUGGACUUUGACUUUGACUUCCCCGAUCAUGGCCGACUCGACCCCCGUACAUACAAUAUUCACAGCGGUGACAGAUCCCGGAAAGCGAAGCUUGAAGGAGGUCAUGUUGACAUCAAAAGGAAUGUUGUCAUUUCUGAAAGAUAUUCGAGACAAGGGUUAACUGGAGCUAAGUCUUUUCUGAACAUUUACGAGGGCACCUACUCUCAUCCGGCGUUUGGAGAUUUUUAUAUCAAGAUGGAAGGGGACAAACUUCGCUACCACUACGGGACCUUACUGAAAGGAGAGCUAACCCCAACAGCCCAGCCUGGCGAAUUUCUCCAGAACUUUGACUACCCGUGGGAGCCUCUGGACGAACUGUCGGCCGUCGUUCCAGUUCUGUUCAAGGCCGUGGGUGAACCUGGGAAAUCUAUGGCGGCAGUCAUUUACUUCUUGGAACCCACCUACCCACCAACCUUCUACCGGGCCUAGGGCAGUGUCCAGUGUCC